GACGGAAACAAUGCUGAGGACCCACCCACCUCCGGGACUCUACUCUCUCCGCUGCUCGUCUCUUCCUCAAUCUGAAAUCCAUUGCCGAUAAGUUCUGAAGAUGAGUUACCCAGGAUAUCCUCAGUCCGGUGGAUACCCACCACAAUCAGGGGGCUACCCGCCUCAACCAGGGGCAUAUCCACCCCAAGCAGGCGGUUACCCUCCAGCAGCGGGAGGUUACCCCCCAGCAGCGGGCGGCUACCCUCCCGCAGCAGGUGGCUACCCCCCACAGGCAGGAGGAUACCCACCUCAGGCUGGCGGUUACCCUCCAGCAGCAGGCGGUUACCCUCCAGCAGCAGGCGGAUACCCUCCAGCAGCAGGGGGCUACCCUCCCCAGGCCGGGGGCUACCCUGCCCCAGCUGGAGGCUUCCCUCCCCAGGCAGGAGGUUACCAACAACAGCCUGGAGCAGGAGGCUACCAACCACAGCCUGGAGCAGGAGGCUACCAACCACAGCCUGGAGCAGGAGGCUACCAACCACAGCCUGGAGCAGGAGGCUACCAACCACAGCCUGGAGCAGGAGGCUAUCCUUCCAUGCCUCCAGCAGGUGGAGGCUGGGGUGCAGCACCAGGCGGCCAUGGAGCGCCGGGAGGGGCUCAGCAGGGAUAUCCAGGGGGCCCGGCUCCGGGCCAGCCCAUGCCAAAUUACCCAGGAGCCCCUGCAACUAACCCCUCAAUGCCUGGAUAUGGAAGUGGAGCUCCGUCCCAACCUCACGCACCUGCCAUUUCUAAAGGAUACAGGGGUUCUUUAAAAGACUUUCCAGGGGCUGAUCCACUGAGGGAUGUUGAGGUUCUCCGGAAAGCUAUGAAGGGUUUCGGCACUGAUGAAAAGGCCAUCAUUGAACUUCUGGGAAGUCGUACCAACAAGCAGAGGGUUCCGAUGGUAGCAGGCUAUAAAACAACUUAUGGGAAGGAUCUUUUCCACGAUCUGAAGUCUGAGCUCACUGGAAACUUUGAGAAACUGGUUAUCGCUAUGAUGAAGAAAUCUGCACACUUUGAUGCAUCUGAACUCAGGGAGGCAAUACAGGGCGCGGGAACUGAUGAAGCUUGUCUGAUUGAGAUCCUUUCAUCACGCACCAAUGCAGAUAUUCAUGAAAUCAACCAAAUCUACAAAGCUGAGUAUGGGAAGAAACUGGAGGACGCCAUCAGUAGCGACACCUCCGGUCAUUUCCGCAGACUCCUGGUGUCUCUCUGUCAGGGCAAUCGUGACGAGAGAGAGACUGUUGACGUCGCCUUGGCCAAACAGGAUGCUCAGAAACUGUAUGCUGCAGGGGAAAAUAAAGUUGGAACUGAUGAGUCUCAGUUUAAUGCCAUCCUGUGCGCUCGCAGCAAGCCUCACCUUAGAGCAGUCUUCCAUGAGUACCAGCAGAUGUGUGGGAGAGACAUUGAGAAGAGCGUCUGCAGGGAAAUGUCUGGCAAUGUGGAGUCUGGCAUGGUGGCCGUGGUGAAAUGCAUCAGGAACACCCCUGCCUACUUUGCAGAAAGGCUUCACAAGGCCAUGCAGGGAGCAGGGACCAAGGACACAACCCUCAUCCGCAUCAUGGUGUCUCGCUCUGAGAUUGAUAUGUUGGACAUCAGACAGGAGUAUGUGAGGACUUAUGGGAAAUCCCUGUACACUCACAUCUCAGGUGAUACCUCCGGCGAUUACCAGAAACUGCUACUGAAGCUGUGCGGAGGCACUGACUAAAGGAAAGGAAAAUAAGCCUUCAUGAGGACAGAAUAAAUGUCCACACUGAAACAAUGUUAUAGGACCUUAUAUCAUCUCUGAUGCAUGCAGUCAAUCAAUAUUAGUUUUGUAUUCUCUUCAGUGGCAUAAUAGAUUUUUUUUCUACUGUAUGGAAGUAUAUGAUUGCAAAAUAGUAAACAUAUAUAUAAAUAUAUGAAUUUUUUUUCCUAAAGACACCGUAGAUAGCUUUGAAAUUUCGGGGUUGAAGAUACACUCCUGAAUAAAACUGGGUGCCUGAAAAUCACACACUAGAAAUUAACUAUAGUAUUGUAUUUAAAUUGUCCAAUCAACAGCUUGACUUCAAUUAUUAGAGAAAGAAAAAAUAUAUUUUCGGAAAAACUAAACAUACAGAACGAGGCAAACUUCUGGUUUAUUUAAUAUACAAAGUACAUAAGAAAUAUUUAAGACAUUACUUUAUACAUGCAUUGAUUCUUUGUAACUAAGGUAAAAGUUACCUCACGCCAAGCAUUUCCAAUGUGUACAAGUUAAUAUAUACCAGGUUGUCAGAGACUAUUGUACAAGAUUUUGCUAAAUAUGUAUGACUGAAUCUCACAGAGACUAGAUAUAAUCAUGUAAUGCUUGUUCAACUGGCCACAAUUCAAUUCUGGCUUAUUUUUAUAUGUAGGAAAUAACACUCUGCAAUGUUCUUUUUUCUCUAUACUGCUGCUUGCAAGUCUAUGCAAUUUAGCUUUUGACUUUAUAUCUUCUAUAUCAGCUUUACUCUUCUGUAAACGUAAACCUUUCCAAGCAUUGUUGAACAUUUACAGACAAGGUUGCCUUUUUCCUGAAUGCUUAAAAGCCAAAGCUAAAGACAGAUUAUGCUGUGCCUUUUGUCAGGGGCACUGUAUAAACUUCAGAGUUUGUUGAUGUUUAACGGUGGUUAAUCUUUAAAAAACAAUCUAGAAUCAUCCUUGCACGACUGCAGAAAUGCCAUACUUACAUUACUCAAUGGUCAAUGUUUUGCACUUUUUUGUAAAGUAAGUGUGCUUUACAGGUUUGUAUGUUUUACUACCAGUAGAGGGCUCUUGAUUCACAUAAAACGUAAUUAUUUUAGUUUGGCUUUGAACUGAAUAUCUGUUCCUCUGCAAUAAUCGCUGUAACAUGUUGAUGGAAUAAAUUGAAUGGAUGAUUUUGAAGUUCUGAAACAUCUGAGUCCCAGACUACUGAGACUUAAAACAGCCAAUUUUCAUUUCAUUAAAAAAAAGCAUAAUACAA